CCGGGUGGCCCAUUUCAAUUGCAACCAUGUCGUGGAAGCGGUCCGAGAAGCUGAUGGACACCAUCAAGCAUUACAGCAAUUUCCCCGCAACCGGUGUCUCGCUGCGCCAGAUGGUGCAGUUUGGCGAAAAGCCAUCCACUGGUACACUAUUCCGCGCCUCACAAUUCCUCUCGGAAGAGCUUCCCAUACGAUUAGCACACCGCGUGCAAGAGUUGAACGACCUUCCUGAUGGCCUCAAUGAGAUGCCUUCUAUAGGGAGGGUUCGAGAUUGGUACGCACAGUCGUUUGAGGAGCUCACACAACUCCCUCGACCCAACGUCUCAUCCGAAGUGAAAGACAGGCUUCUGCGACCCUCCAAACGGAACGGUAAAGAUGCAAACUUGAUUAGCAAAACAACGCAGAACCCCAGUAUUAGACAAGGCCAGUACAGAUCGGCGCCUGAGCACAAUGGAAAUGGCAACGGACACGCACACAAAGAUAUCAAGGGCACAACUUCGAGUCGCAGAUACUAUGCCGCUGCAGAUGAUGGACAGGAAUGGCCCCCAGAGCUUAGUGCGUACAACACUAGAUUCGCCGGCACCCUGGAAAAGAUCAAGAGACGGCACGAUAGCGUGGUCACCACCGUAGCCCAGGGCAUCUUGGAGUGGAAGAGAAGGAAGCAGCGUAUGCAAAUCGACCACAACAUUCAAGCCUUCCUCGAUCGCUUUUACAUGUCGCGCAUUGGCAUCCGUAUGCUCAUCGGCCAGCAUAUUGCCCUCACCGACCAACGGCAACGCUCGGAUCCAAACUACGUGGGAAUCAUCUGCACCAAGACCAACGUCCGUGAACUCGCCCAGGAAGCCAUUGAAAACGCACGCUUUGUAUGUGAAGACCAUUAUGGACUGUUUGAAGCGCCCAAAGUUCAAUUAGUAUGCAACCCGGAUAUUAGUUUCAUGUACGUGCCGGGACAUUUGUCGCACAUGCUAUUUGAGACGCUCAAGAACUCUCUGCGUGCUGUUGUGGAAACUAGAGGUCAGGACAAGGAGGAUUUCCCAGUCACCAAAGUCAUUGUAGCCGAAGGAAAAGAAGACAUCACCAUUAAGAUAUCGGACGAAGGAGGAGGAAUCCCGCGAUCAUCUAUUCCGCUUGUCUGGACGUAUAUGUACACGACUGUAGAUCAAACACCAUCCUUGGACCCCGACUUCAACAAGAGUGAUUUCAAAGCUCCCAUGGCCGGCUUUGGGUACGGAUUGCCCAUCUCGCGUCUCUACGCGCGGUACUUUGGUGGGGACCUGAAGUUGAUUAGUAUGGAGGGUUACGGCACCGACGUGUACCUGCACCUCAACCGGCUCUCCUCGUCCUCGGAACCUCUGCAAUAG